AUGGCGCAGUUUACACACGGAAUUUCAGCACUAGACGUAACGUCAUCGUUGGCUCUUGAUGCGCCCGUAUGGCUCUUGGGUCGUCGGUUUAACGACGCGACGGCCAGUGAGUUUGAAGCCUAUAAACGCAGCUUUGAAGCCAUUUUAUGGUUCACUUACCGUCAUAAUUUCCCUCAAAUGACACCAUAUGAAUACACAAGUGAUGCUGGAUGGGGCUGUAUGCUGCGUUCUGCUCAAAUGUUACUGGGACAAGCACUUCAACGCUGUCUUUUAGGUCGAAAUUGGCAUCUUCCAGCUUUAUUUGAGGCAAAUGGAGAUACAAAACUACCAGAAACCUAUGUCCAAUUAUUGAAAUGGUUUGCAGAUUCUAAUGAGCUAGACUGUCGUUAUUCUAUUCAUCAUAUGGUGAAGCUUGGCAUUCAAUAUGAUAAAUUACCGGGAGAAUGGUAUGGACCCACGACAGCAGCUCAAGUCUUGAGAGAUUUAGUGAAUUUACAUCGAUGUGAAUUUGGAGGAGAAGUGGCGAUGUAUGUGCCUCAAGAAGGCGUUGUAUAUACUGACGACGUGACUAGACUUUGUGUCUCACAUUUGGAAGAAGAAAAGGAAAAGACAGAAGAGAAGGAGAAAAAAAAAAAGACCGAGGAUGGUGCAUUGCCUGCAUUUUUUGAUCCGUUAUUGCAUCCACCGAUGAAUGAAGAUACCUUCAAGUGGAGCACGGCGUUGCUCAUUCUAAUUCCGCUGCGACUGGGUUUGGACCAUGUGAAUGAAAGCUACGUGCCAGCGUUGCAAAAGACAUUUACGUUUCCACAAAGUGUGGGGAUUAUUGGAGGCAAAAAAGGACACUCUGUCUACUUUGUUGGCACGCAGCAGGACCAACUGCAUCUGCUGGACCCUCAUGACGUGCAUCCUGCACCGGAACUAAACGUUGCAUUUCCUACAGCAACACAUCUGCGUACCGUCCACUCCUCGCGCCCAUUGGUUAUGGAUGUGACUACCAUUGAUCCAUCGUUAGCACUGGGAUUUCUGUGUGAAAAUCGCGCUGAUUAUGAAGACUUUGAGUGGCGUGUACGCACUCUUCACGAUGAAGUUAAGGCAAAUGGUGGUAUGUGUCCGUUUUCGGUUGCAGCACGCCGGCCUGACUACGCAGCAAGUGGAGUCGAUUUGCUCAUGGCAGACUGCCUAUCAGGCGACGAUAUGAACGAGGACGAGUUUGCGAGUGCUAAUGGACGUAUCGCUGGAACGGGCGAGGACGACGAAGACGACUACGUAUUGCUUUGA